UUCAUUAUAUAUGUAAAAGUAUAUUUCUAUUUGAAUUAUCAAAUAUCAUCUUUUUAAAACAGAACCAGAAGCUUUAAUGAAUAAUGUGUCAGGUCUGAUAAAGGAUUCACUACUUUUGAAAUUAAACGAUAUACGAAAUCUUAAAAAUGUAUGGAAUUCGUUUAUUAACAAGGGCUCUACAAUAUCGGCGGUUUUCAACUUUUGUUAAUUAUGCAAGACCCAUGAUUUUAAGUGAUAAAGUUUUAAGAAUACGAGAUUAUAGUUCUAUAGCAGUAGAAGAUAGUUAUAUUAAGAAAUUCAUGAAUGCUGUUGGUUGGAUGGAUCAAUCAAGAACGCGUCUCAAAUUAACUGGAUAUUUCCUAUAUGAAUCGGUGCCAGAAAAAGUUGCAUAUCAGGAAUGGUUUGAAAAAUUACACUUACCUGAUACAUUUGCCUCAUGGUUUAUUGUCACAGAACUGCAUGUUUGGUUAAUAUUAGUGAGAUAUAUGGCUGAAGAUGUCACUUCUAUUACUAAUGAUAAAAAGAAAUAUGUAAAAGGGGACGGUCAUUUUGUAAGGAAUUGUGUUAUAGAAGCACUAUGGGCUGAUGUUGCUAUGAGGGUAAAGUUAUUAGAGGGUGCAAAUCCUGCUAUAGCUAGGAAACAAGUAACGGAACUGUCGGAACAAUUUCAAGCUGCUCUGGUCGCUUAUGACGAAGGCUUGAGUGAUGAUAAGGCAAUGGCAUCAGCCGUAUGGCGCAGGUUUUACUCACUAUCUGAAGAUGCUAAUGCUGCAGAUAUUGAGAAGAUUGUUCAUUUCAUCAGACAUCAGGUAUCAGAACUUGAUAAGAUUCCCGGUAAAGACUUAAAAUGGAAACCUGUCUUUACUUGGUUAAGUAUAAACGAUCAUUAAUUAUGGAGAUGUACAAAUAAAUAGAUCAGUUAAUUGUUAUUUAUUGUUUCUAAAUAAAACAAAUUAAUCAUG